UGGCCUCUCCCACUUCCGGUUUAUUGGUCCGCUGCGGCGGCCGCGGCGGCUCCUGGACCAGAUGGUGCCGACGAGGUUCGCCGAGCUCCGGGGAGCGCCGGUGAGACCCAGGCCGCGGAGGACGUGGUUCUCAGGGGUCGCUGUUUGGAAGAGCCCUCUCACCCUGCCUGUGCCCCGAACUGUUGGUACCGCCGGGACUCUAGCCCGCCCCUUUCCAGCGUAAACACCGGGUCGAGCCGCGCCCACCGCCGGUCUGGCCUGACGGCCACUGCCCGCCCGGCCUCCUGCUAGCCGCGGUCCCCGCACCCUGGGGCUGCCCGGGCCCGGCCUAAGCCCGCAGGCGGUGGACACCCAAGAACUCGCCCUGUGCCGCCUGCGUGGAAGGGGUGCCGCAAGCCACCCGCGACAGAUCGUGUUCCUGCUGGGCCUGAGCCCUGCUCCGAAGUCCCUGCUAACCAGGUCGCGGUCCCGUGCCCGCCACCGGGGGAAGCGCGGAGGGGGGAGCCCGUGCACUUGUCCCGUGCCCGGGGCUGGCUCACGUUAAGGGGAAAGACUGAAAGCCCCCCUGUUCUUGAAAGCUUUUGUUUCUAGAAUGGAGACACAUUCUCCGCGUUCUGUCUGUAGCCUGUAGAUAAUGUCAUCACGGAGGGAAAGUUGGCCAAGACAUUUACAGAUGACAAAUAAGUUCUUUUGUUACUAAGCCGUCAGCAAUUAUGGCAGUACCCUGGAAGAAAGCCCUUCUGAUACUUCUAACAUCCCAAGCACUGUCCUUAGUGAAUAGCAUUGAGGAGGAGGAAGUACCUGAAGAAUGGAUUCUCUUGCAUGUGGUUCAGGGGCAUAUCGGAGCUGGAAAUUAUAGCUAUUUGAGACUAAAUCAUGAAGGGAAGAUAGUUCUUAAAAUGAAAAGCUUAAAAGGUGAUGCAGAUUUGUAUGUAUCUGAUACAACCCUUCAUCCAAGUUUUGAUGAAUACGAAUUACAGUCUGUAACUUGUGGCCAAGAUGUUGUUUUCGUGCCCGGACAUUUCCAGCGCCCUGUGGGAAUAGGUAUCUAUGGACAUCCAUCUCACCUUGAGAGUGAAUUUGAAAUGAAAGUAUAUUAUGAUAGAACGGUUGUAGAAUAUCCAUUUGGGGAAGCAACUUAUGCCACAGAUGGUAAAGCUACAAGCCAAAAGCAGCCUUAUACACCAGAAGAUACGUCUCAAGAUGAAGAAUCCAUUGUUUGGACAAUAAUAAUUGGCAUUUUGAAACUAAUACUUGAGAUUCUUUUUUAACAUCAUUGGACAAACAUACACUGGAAUACAGUACCCUUAACCUGUGAAGUGGAUUGUGGUUUGCUGUGAACAUUGCUACUUUUUAUGUUUCAGGAAAUAGGGUUCAGGGGACCUUUUUUAUGGUGGGUGGGGAAAAAAAGCCAUAUUUACUUUUGUAUUGUAAUUCCCCCCAAAAUAAGAGCAGCAAGCACAAGAUUUUUAGUUUUCUUUAAAGAAAGAAGAGUUCGUAUAACUGGAGAAUGUACAAUAAAAAAAAAGCUUAGAUUUCAUUUAACAGUUUGUCAGGCAUUCAUUAAGUAUGGCAGUAAUCUUAUGUAAAACAAUUUGGAGUACAGAUUUUAUAUAAAAUUUGCAAAAAUUGUAUUAAAAUUUAACUUUCUAAAAUUUUUACACUACUUAAAGCAAACUACUUAUUACAAAACACAUUAUAACGUGUAAGUUAAGAUGAUCAGUUUUUAAAUGGAGAUUAGUCCCGUAUCUCUGUGAAAUAAAUCUCAUUUACCCCCACACUGCCUAAGAAAUAAAUGGUACUAACUACA